AGGCUUACGCUACCUCUCUCUCUCUCGAUCUCCCGUGUCUCGAUUCGCCCGAGAAGACCAAACUGCCCCUCGCCCCCGAAGCCAGAAGGGAGAGGGCGAGAGCUCGUCACGCCAGACGCCACUCGCCUGCGAACCAGGCCGGAGCUAGGCGGCGAUGGAGGUUGCGGAGCUAUGGGAGACGCUGAGGCAGGCAAUCGUGUCGUACACGGGGCUGUCCCCGGCGGCCUUCUUCACGGCCGUGGCGGUCGCCGCGGCCCUGUACCACGUCGUGUCGGGGCUCUUCGCGGCACCCCCGCCCCCGCCGCGGCGCCCACGGGAGGAGCCGGAGCCGGAGCCGCUUCCGCCGCCCGUGCAGCUCGGGGAGGUCUCCGAGGAGGACCUCCGACAGUACGACGGGUCCGACCCUAAGAAGCCCCUGCUCAUGGCCAUCAAGGGUCAGAUCUACGACGUCACUCAGAGCAGAAUGUUCUAUGGACCUGGUGGGCCUUAUGCACUGUUCGCCGGUAAAGAUGCCAGCAGAGCCCUGGCCAAGAUGUCCUUCGAGCCACAGGACUUGACUGGUGACAUCUCUGGCCUUGGUCCUUUUGAGCUUGAUGCCUUGCAGGACUGGGAAUACAAGUUCAUGAGCAAGUACGUGAAGGUUGGUACUGUCAAGAAGACCGUCCCUGUCAAAGACGGCAACACCACAAGCACCUCCCCUGGAGCCAAUGAGACCGCCGCCGGGGCAGAACCCGAGAAGGCACUGGCAACUGAAGAGAAGCCAAGGGAGGUAGUUGGGGAGGAGGUGAAAGAGAAGGAAGCCGCAGCUGAUGAAGGCGCCAAGGAAAGUUAGAGCGUUUCAGAACUUCCUGCCGUUGCGGCAAUAAUACGACAUGGACCCGUUCGGUUCAUGUCAGGGCCCUGCAUAUCAGCAACUUAGCCUGUGUAACUGGAUAUGUAAUUCGUACCAGCGGCAUGGACCUGGAGGUUCUGGUACUUUAUAUUAUUAGUCGUCCUUGGGGAUUUGAACCCGGGGUGUCCUCUGUUAAUAUACUUGAUCGUGGAUAAUAAUGUGUGCCUUUUUGAAGAAGAGUUAUUUUAGUA